AUGAUCGUCUGUCAGCUAAAUCAGUUAGGCAUCCGCGUUUCCCACAAGCCUGCAUCCUCGCUGCGCACAGCCUUAUAUCGAGUAAAGGAUUAUAUCCCCAAAGAGGAACAGAUUCACGUCAUCUAUUGCAUCCCGUGUGCCAACUGUCCCUGCGUACAUGUUGGUCAUACAGGACGACGCCUGGGCACUCGAAUUAAUGAACACAAACUAGCUGUCCGUCGCCGUGAUCCACUGUCCCCCGUCUUUGCACACGCACUCCAGUGCGACCGCCGUUUUAAUUGGGAUAACACCGAGGUCAUCGCCACGGCCAACACAAAACGAGCGAGAGACUUCCUAGAGGCAUGGAACUCUAAAGCGGGCAGCAUAAACCGCCACGGUGACCUAGAUGCCCAUUAUGAGGGCCUAAGAUCACGCCUCACUAAGCCUAGCCUCACGCCGCAUCAGCAGCCGCUAGUCCAGGCGCCCGCUGUUCUGCCAACCUACCAUUCUCCCUCCCCUCCAACACGGGGAGCCGUAACUGUUAUCUCCACCCCACCUUACUACCCUCCCGGCUCAGAACCCAGCAUGACUCCCUGCCCGCAUCCCUCCUCACACGCUAAUGGUCCGCCUGUCAAUGUUUGUCCUGUCGCGUCUACUAGUCUAGUGUGA